AUGUCCAUCGAGGACACUUCUCUGUCCGGGGCAUCAAGCUCUCACGCCGUCUCGUCGGACGACUUGAUGCCCAUGCAGAUCCCGGGCUUGAACGACGCCCUGUCCUGGCACACGCCUCCCUUUACGCUCGACGUGGACGUCUCCAACUCCAACAUUGCCGACGCAAAACACGCCGGCUCCGACCGCCUCAGGUCCGUGGCCUUUUUUGAGAGUUCCGUCAUGGACCCGGUGCUGCGGUCCGACGACGGCCCCCUGGACAUGAGCGAGCCGCCCCCCAGCUCGCUGAGGAGCGAGGCCGACUCGUGUCGCACGCUGCAGCUCGUGGCUCUCGUGAAGCACGUCUUUGCCGGCUCGUCCAAGUGUCGUGCUCGCAGGACGCCGAGUCGGAGCGGGUGCCCCCCCCCCCCGCCGGCGUACCCUCCCUGA